AUGGGGUUUCUAGGUGUCUACCGGGCUCUCUACGACUACGUGCCCCAAGCUGAGGGAGAGCUCGCAAUAAAGGAUGGAGACUUGCUCUUCAUCCUCGAUAAAAACGGCGACGAUGGCUGGUGGAAGGCAAAGAAGAAGGCCGGCGCUGAUGACGAGGAAGAGCCAACUGGUCUUAUUCCUGGUAAUUAUGUCGAGGAGGCUCAGCCAGUAGACCAUGCUAGAGCUUUAUUCGAUUACACGCGCCAGACAGAUGAAGAAUUGUCCUUUCACGAGGACGCUACACUUGCUGUCUACGACACGUCGGACCCCGACUGGAUCCUGACUGGCCUAGAUGGCGAAUAUGGCUUUGUCCCUUCCAACUACAUCGAAAUGGGCGCAUCUGCUGAGUCUGCUCAGCCCCCGCUGCCGUCUCCGCCGCCGGCGCUACCUUCAAGACCACCACAAGCUCCCUCGAUCUCCUCCCCAGAACCAGAGCUCGCAUCUCCGGACCUACCGAAUGACACAGCACCUACCCCUUCGAACCCUGCUGCUGCUAUCGCAGGCGUCAUGCAUGGUCGCUCAGGUUCUCAACAAUCUCAGCAAGCUGCCGCUCCUCGACAGCCCCCUCGUGCGUCUGUUACGUUUAGCGAACCCCCCGAAGUCGAGGACGAGCCCGUACGAUCACCGACUCUGCCUGCCCGACCAAGGGUACCAGCGCCACCAUCUCCAACUUAUGACGAACCCCCCUCGCCUAUACACACCCGUAGUUUCCAAGACCACAGGGAUCCGGAUCGCCGCCAAGAUGUCGAGCGUACUCCUGGCGGCUUUCAUAUGUAUAACAUCAACGAGAUGAUUUCCAUCAUGGGCAAGAAGAAGAAGAUGCCCACAACAUUAGGAAUUAAUCUUUUAACAGGUAUCAUACUGGUUGCUCCAGAGCAUGCUUCUGAUGGACCUUCACAGGAAUGGACCGCUGACCGCAUGACGCAUUACUCGCGCGAGGGAAAGCACGUUUUUAUGGAGCUUGUGCGCCCAAGCAAGAGCGUCGACUUCCACGCCGGAGCAAAGGACACAGCCGAGGAAAUUGUUAGUAUGUUGGGUGAAUUGGCUGGUGCUGUACGUGCUGAAGGACUCCGUGAGGUGAUCAUGGCUGGGACACAGGGCAGCAGUGGUGGUGGCCAGAAAAAAGGCCAAGUCCUGUAUGACUUCAUGGCCCAAGGUGACGACGAGGUAACUGUUGCUGUGGGAGACGAGGUGCUUGUUAUCGACGAUACGAAAAGCGAAGAGUGGUGGCAAGUUCGCCGGCUCAAGAAUGGUAAAGAAGGAGUCGUCCCUAGCAGCUAUAUUGAGAUCACUGGCUCUAUCCCACUACCCUCGUCUAGCGGCAUAAACUCAGCCAAGUCCCUCGUCGAACAAAACCGCCUCGAAGAAAUCCGAUUGACCAAGGAAGCCAUGAAGGCUGGCAAAGAACCUCAGCAGGUAGGACCGGGAAUGCCUCUCCCUGAACGAGGCAGUAGCCUCAUGGCACGAGAAACUGGUAGUAAUUCGGGACAACAGCGGAGCCGUCGAGAAAAUGGACGAAGUGAUGGCGGCAGUCAAAGCCGAUCAAAGUCCAGUAAGUUGUUACUUGAUUCGAUUGCUCUUUUCACUCAGAUGUGUGCGAUGCGACUUAGAGCAUCUGCUGACAUGCCUCUUAUAGAGCCUGACGCGUCUAAGGUUCGCACCUGGACAGACCGUUCCCGGUCUUUCAGUGUGGAAGCCCAAUUUCUUGGUCUGAAGGACGGAAAGAUUCACUUACAUAAGAUGAAUGGUGUCAAGAUUGCAGUUCCUAUCACAAAAAUGUCGCGCGAGGAUCUGGAGUAUGUUGAAAACUUCACAGGCUUAUCCCUGGAAGACGAUAAGCCGUUGGCAGACGUCAAGAGAGCUCGGUCUGCCGAAAAGAAAUCCCCCGAACGUAGCCCUUCAGCAGGCGCAUCGGUCGACAAGGAUGCCAAGUCCGACUACGAUUGGUUUCAGUUUUUCUUGUCUUGCGAGGUUGCAGUGGGGUUGUGUGAGCGCUACGCACAAGCCUUUAUUAAGGAUUCCAUGGAUGAGAGCGUGCUUCCUGAUGUGGAUGCCACCACUCUGAGAGCUCUUGGAAUCCGCGAGGGUGAUAUCAUCAAGGUCAUGCGUACUUUGGAUGCCAAAUAUGGCCGCAGCCGCGGUGGAAAGAGAGGAACUGCUGACGGAGUUGAUGGUGAAGGGGGUUUGUUCUCUGGACCCGGCGGUGCGCUACGAAACAACACCCGAAAGGGUCGACCCGCGCCAGCGGUCCAAACAAGCGAUGUUGUUGAUGCCAGUGCCUUUUCACGAGGAGAUUCGUCCAAGACUGGCGAAAACGACAGCAGAUCACCCCCGCCCACCAGUCCUACAAAUAAGGGCCCCGAAACUCGUCAAGCAUCGAGCUCAGGAUUCGAUGACGACGCCUGGGACGUGAAGCCUAGCAAGCAGCAAUCGCCACCUAAAGCUCAGCCUGCUGUUGAGUCUGUUCAGAAGCCUGCCCCUGAGCCUACUCCAGUCUCACCCCCUCCCCCGGCCUUGACUGGUUCGAUGCAAGAGUUGUCGCUCCUCUCAACACCCCUCGAACCCACCAGGGCUGAACCACCAGCCGCCCCGGCACCGGCGCCUGUCAUUGCUGCUCAGCCAACCUCGACACCCGUAUCGCAACCGUUGGGCGGCGCUACCCCCUCAUUCUUUACAUCUGUUGCUCAGGCUCGGCAACGUCCUACUCCUCCACAGGGUACUGCGAACCAGGGCUCUCUUGUCCCUCCACCACCUCAGCGACCACUUUCAGCCCCGCAAUCUGCCCAGCCCAGCGGCUUUGCGCCCCCCCCCAUGAUGCCUCAGAUGACUGGUGCUCUGCAAGGCCAAGUUGCGCCUCUUGGCCAGAGCCUGAGUGAGAUCACACAAGCCCGCCUGCAGCAACAAUAUACGGCUCAGAUGCAGCAACAGCAAGCCCCUCAGCAAAUGCAGCCCAAUAUGACUGGAUUUCCAGGACAACAAGGCCCUGGCUUGAUGUCUUACCCCACUGGUACAGGACAGUUCAUGCAGCCCAUGAUGACUGGAAUGCAGGGACCGAAUCAAUUCGUCCCAAUGCAGGCUCAACCCACAGGUUUUCAACCGCCUUUCCCUGCCACACAGUCGAUGUAUGGAGCACCUACAGGAGGCAUCAACAGCUACCUGCCUCCAGCUCUUGAACCUCAGCGAACAGGUAUGCCAGGAUUGCAGCCCCAAGCUACUGGCAUGACGAACAUGGGUGGUAUCGGUGGUAUGAAUAACGUGCAAGUCCCUCAGCCUCUGCAACCACAGCAGACUGGUCCACCUCCUCCCGUGCGAUUUGGUGUGACAAAUGAGACCAAGAAACUAGCGCCUCAGGCAACAGGGCGUAGGGCUAACCUGGCGCAAGCGACCCCCCAGAACCCGUUUGGUUUUUAA